CGAAAGGCUACCGUAGUAACUAUGAUGACAGGUAUCGCAACGACCGAGUCGGCGCCCGACAGCAUCUUGUGCAAGUCGUGCAAGCGGCUCGUACACCUCGAUGACCUCGGCGACCACGACUGCUCGGGGCCGCUGCUCUCGCGCGCCGACACGGGCUUCAAGCUGCACGAGGUCUUGCCGCCGGUCCCGCCCAUCGCAGUAUCUCGUCCGAGCAUGACGUCGGCAGCCAAGUCGCCGCGGUCGUCGGUCACCGAGUGGGCGUCGUUGAUCCAGGCGCGCCUCGUGAAAGUGCUCGUCACGGCCGAGGGCUACGCAGCGUACGUGAUCGUGACGACGCUGUGGCCCAACGGUCCCGAAUUCAGCGUCGAGCGCCGGUACCGCGAGUUCCAUGCGCUCGCCGAGACGCUCUAUGCGAUGCACCCGUCGUCGGCGCUGCAGCAACGACUGCCGCCCAAGCUCUACUGCCAGCAGACGCGCAGUCUCUCGGAUGGCUUCCUACUCCGUCGCAAAGUGGGUUUGGAAGGCUUCAUCGUCGCGGCCAUCGACAUGCUCUUGAACCCGUCGUCGGCUGGACCGGCGGCGAAGCGGACGUUGACGCAGUUGCAUGUGCUCAACACGUUUCUUGGACUCCCGGCCGCCAAGGACGUCCACGCUGCCAUGCACGAGCUCAAGGUGCUCUCGUCGGGCCCGGGCUGGACGCUUCUGCACGCCGCGUCGCCGCUCGAGAGUCUGUUUGAAAAGACGAUUGACGGGUUCAUGUCGCUCAAGCGCACGACGACGCUCUCCUUCCCAGCACGCGCCGUCUUUGACGUCCUCACGGCGCACCCGGGCUCGGCGCUGGCGGCGACCGCCAACCCGUUCCUGGUGCACGGGGCCAUUCUCCGCCGCGAGUCAAAUCACGUCUGGGUCGAACACCGCCUGUACCGGACGUUUUGGGGCUGCCCGUACGAAGAGCUCUUUAGCCUCAAGAGCUGGCGACUGGAAACGGACGGCACCAUUGUCAUCGUGACCGUUCCUGCGCCCGUGAGCGACAUGCCCGCGACGUCGCGGCAUCGUCGCGUCGACUGCAUCCUGCAAGGGUAUGUCAUCCGUCCCACCGAGAAGAACGCGUGCCACGUGACGAUGGUGCUGCAGAUGGACUACCGCCGCUUCUUUGGGUCGUUUGUGCGGCCGGCGCGCACGCUGCUUCUGCGCCACGCCGCCGAGCUCAGCGCGGUGGAAGCGCAUCUACAGCGCUCGUUCGACGCGGCCCACUACGAGGCCUUGGGCCCGCUUGUUUCCGCGGACGGGCUCAAGGCCCUCGAGCUGCACCUCGCCGACACGCAGGGCGACGCGGCGGUGGACCCCAAAGUGUACGUGGUGUGCCAGCAGAUCGAGCCGAUGUUUUGCCUUCUCGUGCACAAAAACUCGAACCGGAACGCGCUCGUGCUCAAGCUCAACGUCGACUUGCGCGCGCACGACGACGCGCUGCGCCUGCACCCCAAGGAGCCGCUUCUCGCCGAGUGGAUCAUGUUUGAGAAGAAGAACAACCCGCGCAAAGAGCUCUCGGCCAUCGAGCGCAACACGACGUAUGAGUUUUCGACGCGCGCGAUUGGCCAAGGCGUCUUUCUCGUCGCGUUCUCGAUGCUCCGGGGCAAGGAGUUCCAGCUCCGCGUCGGCAAAGAUGCGGGCUACAACCUCUACAGCACGGUCAAAGGCGUACCCAACGUGCUCGUGAAGCGCCUCUUCUUGACGUUUGCGCCGUCGCUCGUCGGCCUCGGCACUCUCGAGUCAGUGCAGAUUGUGGGCGACAUGGCGUCCGAGCUCGUCGUGCUCAAGUAGACGCGUGACGCGCCGCUGUCAUAGCUUGCAUGUUGCUUUUCAAUCCAUUGUCUAGUGGAGUGUGUUGGUACA